UCUUUUCUCUCUUUUUUCUUUUCUUUUAAAAACACAUAGUAUAUAGCAUGGGUUUCAGGAUAUUACAUCUGGUUCAGCCAUUCAUGGCUAUUCUUCCAGAAAUCGCCACGCCUGAUCGCAAAGUACCUUUUAAUCAAAAAGUAAUGUGGACUGCAGUGACACUAUUCAUUUUCUUGGUCAUGUCUCAAGUACCUUUAUAUGGUAUCAUGUCUUCUGAUUCAGCAGAUCCUCUCUUUUGGAUGAGAGUCAUCCUUGCUUCUAAUCGUGGUACAUUGAUGGAACUAGGUAUUACACCCAUUGUGACUUCAGGCAUGAUUAUGCAACUCUUGUCUGGUGCCAAUAUCAUUGAAGUCGACUAUAGUUUGAAAGAAGACAGAGCUUUAUUCAGUGGUGCACAAAAAUUGUUUGCUAUGAUUAUUGCUUUUGGUCAUGCUACCGUGUCUGUCUUGACAGGUCUUUACGGUAAUCCUAGUGAUAUUGGUGCUGGUGUCUGCUUGAUUUUGAUUAUUCAGCUGGUCGUAGCUUCAUUGAUCACUAUGUUAUUGGACGAAUUAUUACAAAAGGGCUAUGGUCUUGGUUCAGGCAUCAACUUGUUUAUUGCUACCAAUAUCUGUGAAACUAUCUUCUGGAAGGCUCUUUCCCCUACCACCAUGGACAGUGGUCGUGGCGAUGAAUUCGAAGGUGCCUUGAUUGCCUUGGUUCAUUUACUCAUGACACGUAAAGACAAGACCCGUGCUUUAAAAGAAGCCUUUUACCGUGCCAACAUGCCCAACGUCAUGAGUUUGUUGUCCACACUGUCUAUUUUCUUGUUGGUCAUUUACCUUCAAGGUUUCCGUGUUGAAUUGCCUGUCAAGUCCAACCGUCUUCGUGGCCAACGUGGUUCUUAUCCCAUCAAGUUGUUCUAUACAUCCAACAUGCCCAUCAUGCUUCAAUCGACCUUGACCUCUAAUAUCUUCAUGAUCUCUCAAAUGCUGUAUAAGCGAUUCACUGAUAACUUCUUGGUGCGUUUGUUAGGUACCUGGGAAGCUUUGGACGGUACUUCUCAAUUGAACGCUGUGGGUGGUAUUGCUUACUACUUGUCUGCUCCUCGUAGUUUGACAGCCGCCCUUUUAGACCCUAUUCAUACCGUGGUCUAUGUCGGUCUGAUGUUGACCACUUGUGCCUUAUUGAGCAAGACAUGGAUCGAAAUCUCAGGUGCUUCUCCACGCGAUGUCGCUCGUCAACUCAAGGACCAACAACUCGUGAUUGCCGGAUACCGCGAUACUUCCAUGUACAAAGAACUCAAGCGUGUGAUUCCUGUUGCUGCUUCCUUUGGUGGUGCUUGUUUAGGUGCUGUGUCUGUGAUUGCUGAUAUGGUCGGCGCCAUUGGUUCUGGCACAGGUAUUUUGUUGUGUGUGACCAUUAUUUUCCAAUACUUUGAAAUGUUUGCCAAGGAACAAAUGGAAGGUGGUAUGGGAUUAGAAGCCAUGAUGGCUCAAUAAAAAAAAAAAGCUUUUUUUUUCUUUAUUAUUUAAUAAAAAUA